AUGAGCCAGGACGGCAUGCAGCAGCAGCAGCACCAGCAGCAGCAACACAGCAAUAGCCACAGCCAGGCUCACCAUCACGGCAGCCUCAGCCAGCAAGGCCCGCCGGCGCGGCAGACGAGCCAGCAGCUGCGGGAGCGGCUGACCAUCGACACGACACGGUAUCCCAGCCAGAGCGAGAUGGCUUGCACGCCUGACUACGCCACCCCGGUGGACCAGCAGUUUCACGUGGAUUACGAUAUUGGAGCGUGCCAGAACGGGGAGGACCAGGAGAGCAAGUCGCCGGCCAAGUCGCCCGUGCGGCACAUCAAGCGGCCGCGGCACGCUGCAGGGCUUGAGGAGGGGUCCGAGGCUACGAGCCAGCCCAGCCAGAGUCAGUCCAGCGGCAGGAGCCAGGGCGACGGGCCCAGCACCAGCAGCAAGCAGACACAGUCAGGCUGUACAUUCUCACUCCCCCCCGUCGCGGUGCCGCCGCGAAACAAGUCGCGGUUCGCACGUCCCCACUCGCCUGCGACCUUCAAAAACCCCUUUGUCACCGGCGGCGACAAGGACCAGCAGCACUGCAUUGACAGCAGCAUGCCCAAGCCGCUGCCGCUGCUGACCAGCCUCCACAUCAAGUUCAAAGUGGUGAAGGAAAUCGGCAGCGGCUCGUUCAGCCGCGUGUACCGCGCCACCCACCGGCUGAGCGGGCUCGACUACGCGCUCAAGCGCUCGCGCAGCCCGCUCUGCACCGACGCAGAGCGCAACCGCUGGCUGCAGGAAGUGCAGGCGCACGCUGUCGUGGGGGCUCACCCCAACAUUGUGCAGUACUUUGACGCGUGGGCGGAGCCGGACAUGCAGGGCGACCACAUGUACAUCCAGAUGGAGAUGUGCCAAGAGAGCCUGGGCAGCAUGGCCUCCACCACCAAGGACCCCUGGAGGGAGCCGGAGCUGGUCUUCCUCAUGAAGCAGAUGGCCUCCGCGCUGGCGCACAUCCACGCCAAGGGCGUCGCGCACCUGGACGUGAAGCCAGACAACAUAUUCAGUGGGGUGAACGGCACCUACAAGCUGGGGGACUUUGGUAUGGCCACGCUGAAGCACGGCCACUGGCGCGUCGACGAGGGGGACGCGCGCUACCUUUCUGGGGACCUGCUGCAGGGCAAGACCAACGCGCUCGACAAGGCGGACGUGUUUGCCCUGGGCGCCACGCUGUACGAGCUCGCGCUGGGCUCAGAGCUGCCAAAGGCAGGCCCCGCGUACCAGCGGCUGCGGCAGGGCAAGAUCAUGAUGCUGCCCACGUUCACCACCCAGUUUGUCAACAUGCUCAAGGCCUUGUUGCAUGAGGACCCCGCGCAGCGGCCGUCGGCAGACGCGAUCCUGAAGCUGCCGCUCUGCAGCAAGGCGCAGCUCGCGAUGUCGUCGGUGCGGCGCACGUCGAUGUGA